CGUAGAGUUUGUGGCUUCCUUUGUGUUAAAAGAUUUCUGCUUCUAAAUGAACCACACGGAUUCAUUUAUGUUGUUAAAGUUUUAAAGGUCUGAUUUUCGCAGAACGUGCAUGUGGGAAUUUGAGUCUUGGUUAGAAAGCAGCCGACUAUUGAUGCAUUUUUCAGUGAAAUGAAAGUUAUUUAUGAUGAAGAUGGAUAUAGCAAAUGAAAUCGGAAGGCAACACACUGGUAUGAAGAAUGUGACAAUCCUGUCAGUGAACAGCACAAAAUGUUCCAGCGUUCAUGUUCCAGAGGUGGUGUACCUAACUGUAUCUGCUAUUGGUCUCCUGGAAAAUCUGCUGGUGCUCCUAGCUGUGAUAAAAAAUAAAAAUCUUCACUUGCCCAUGUACUUUUUCAUUUGUAGUUUGGCAGUCUCCGAUAUGCUGUUCAGUCUAUACAAAAUUCUCGAGACCAUUAUAAUAAUUUUAGCCAACAUUGGUUUCCUGGAUAGAAAUGGGCCUUUCGAAAAAAAGAUGGAUGAUGUAAUGGACUGGAUCUUUGUUCUUUCAUUACUUGGAUCAAUCUUUAGCAUAUCUGCGAUUGCAGCUGACAGAUACAUUACUGUUUUUCAUGCACUGCAUUACCAUAAUAUCAUGACUGUAAAAAGAGCUUCAGUCAUAUUAGCAGUAAUUUGGACAUUUUGUGGUGGAAGUGGAAUAGCUAUAAUUAUGCUGUUUCAUGAUACGGCAAUGAUAAUAUGUCUCACUGUUAUGUUCCUAUUAUUAUUAGUUUUGAUAGUUUGCCUUUACAUCCAUAUGUUUCUUCUAGCUCGAUCACAUGCCAAAAAAAUUGCAUCUCUAUCCGGACAAUGGAAUUCUGUUCAGCAACGGGCUAACAUAAAUGGAGCGAUUACUUUGACCAUUUUACUUGGACUAUUCAUUUGCUGUUGGUCUCCAUUUGUUCUGCAUCUUCUGUUAUAUGUAUUAUGCCGAUAUAAUCCAUAUUGUGCCUGUUAUUUGUCCAUGUUAAAUGUGAACGGUACACUUAUAUUGUUUAGUUCUGUUAUUGAUCCUUUAAUUUAUGCUUUUCGCAGCCCCGAGCUACGCAAUACCUUCAAAAAAAUGUUAUGCUGUUGGAUGACAAUGUAAAAGACAAAUGGAAACUGUUUUAAAUACACUUAAAUCUGCAUUAGGUUUGGUGUUUCAGUUUAGGUUUAAGUGUUCUAUAGCAGCUUCUCUACUUCUGCAGGAAGGAAAAAAUUACUACGUAUACAGAUAUUGAUCAGUCAUACAUUGUAAUUUAUGUCUUCCUCAUUGGAUUAAAUCAAUCAUUUUUUCCUUUCACAGAUAAAAUAAUUUCUACAAGUACAAGAAAAACGUUUGUGUCAAUAUAAAAUGAUGAAGUAGUUAUCCAUUUCAUCUGUAACACAUGAGCACAUAUUCUGCCUGUACAUAAAACAAGAAACUGGAUAAACCAAGUUGGAAGCAGAUGCAUUGAGAUAAAAUAUGUAAAUAGGAUGGAAAGAAUAAUUGCAUUUAAUAACAGUACUUUUAACAAAUAAACUGGUUUUGCUUAGUUAUCAAGUAAUCAAUAAGCUUUACGGGGCUCUAAACAGUAACAAUUAUUUUGGCACCCCUCCUAAUUAUGUACAAGAGCACGACUAUGGUACAGGGGAAUAUGUUUGCCUUUAAUUCAUAUUUAAGAGUAAUCAACAAUAUAAUUACUUUCAUAUUGUAAAGGCUUACCACAACUGACAUCAAUUUGUAGU